GGUAGAAUGCGUAGGUGAGUUUGGCGCGUUGCACGACUGUUUAUCCGUACCCGCUGGCCCCGGCGGCUGUAACCCUAGCUUCUUAGCCAGUAAGCUAUGCCGCCGAGAGCGAAAAGAAAGUUGGGCUACAACUGGAGAGCGAGGCAGAGUCUCAGCGAGACGAGCGAUCGCUCUUCGAAGAAAGAAGGAGAAGGCGAGGAUCCAAAUGCGCUCUUUCUGCCUCCCAAGCCUAAGAAGUCGUUAAAAGUGACGGGAGAGGCUACUUCAAAGAGAAAGCGGCUCGGAUGUAAGCAGAAAAAGCGACUGCUGAAGAUCCUAGAGGCAAAAGAAAAGAAAACCAAGAGAGCAGAGGUCCUGACAGAACUUUCAUCUCUCUCGCUGCCUUCCUCACAACACUCGUUCCUCCUCCCCUCCACCUCUCUGUCCUCAUCGAGACCUCAAGCAGGGCCACUAGGGUCAAUGGCCCAUUGUGGUAGUGAGGGAAGUGAGGUGAGUGGGUGGAGGGUGAGGAGGAGACGGAGAAAACGGAGACAAUUGCGAGCCGAGAAAGGCGCCUGGUCUCCUCACAAGGUGACCUCUCAUCUUGAGGUUGUUGGGGACGAAGAUGAAGAGGAGGAAGAGGAGGUUCAGAUGAUAGAAAUGGAAGUGGAAGAGGCAGAGGGGGAGGGUCCUGAGGGAGAGGAAGAAGAAGUUGAAGAGGAGAAGGUGAAAGAAGAAAGGACUGUAACUGGAGAGGAGGCAAAUGUUGCCGUGGAGACGGGAGUAAGAGAGAGGCGUGUGGCGGUGUUUGUUCAGCUGAAGAGGCCUGGAGAUGUGCAGGAGGUGCGAGCUCAGCUGCCAGUGGUAGCGGAGGAGGGGAGAAUAAUGGAGAGUGUGAGUGGGUCACCAGUGACUGUUCUCUGUGGAGAGACGGGGAGUGGGAAGACCACCCAACUACCACAGUUCCUCUAUGAACAUGGCUACACUCUCCCCAACGGCCCAUGUGGUGGAGGUAUGAUAGGUGUGACGGAGCCAAGGAGAGUGGCUGCUGUCAGUAUGUCUCACAGAGUGGCCUAUGAGAUGGGCCUCUCCCAGAGGCAGGUAUCCUACCAGAUCCGUUACGAAGGAAAUGCAACAGAGGACACGGUGAUAAAGUUCAUGACAGACGGAGUUCUACUCAGGGAAAUUGAGCAGGACCUGCUGCUACAGAGGUACAGUGUGGUGGUGGUUGAUGAGGCUCACGAGAGGUCUGUCUUCACCGACAUCCUCCUCGGACUGCUCUCCAGGAUCAUACCUCUCAGAGAAAAGUCUGGCCGUCCACUGAAACUGGUGGUGAUGUCAGCCACACUCAGGGUGGAGGACUUCACCAAAAACCCUCUCCUCUUUCCCUCCCCUCCCCCCACCCUCUCGGUGGAGUCUCGACAGUUUCCGGUGACGGUUCAUUUCAGCAGACGAACUCCGACCUCCUAUGUGAGAGAGGCGUACUUGAAGACGUGUAAGAUCCACAAACGUCUGCCGCCGGGACACCUGCUGGUGUUCCUGACUGGACAGAGAGAGGUGCUGCGGCUGUGCAGAGCGCUCCGAGGAACCUUCCCUUGUACCCAGUCCACUGGUGAAGAGAGGGAGGAGGGAGGAAGGAGGGAGAGGAGGAGAAGAAAGAGCAGAGGAGAUGUGGAUUUGGAUAAGUACCCUUUACUGCCAGAGGUUGGCAGAACUGAGUGUGAGGAUGAGGAGGGGGAAGAGGAAGACAAGGAGACAGAUUGGAAAGCGGAAGUGUCUGCUCACGACAGGCAGUUGCCGAUGUUAGUUCUCCCUCUCUACUCUUUGCUGCCACCAGAGAGACAGGCCGAGGUGUUCAGACCAGUGCCCGAGGGAGUGAGGCUGUGUGUGGUAGCUACCAACGUCGCCGAGACUUCCAUCACGAUUCCUCACGUCAAAUAUGUGGUGGACACUGGGAAGGUAAAGAGGAGGUACUAUGACAAGGUGACUGGCAUAUCUACCUUCAGAGUGGAGUGGGUGUCUCAGGCGUCUGCCAACCAGCGAGCAGGCAGGGCUGGUAGAACACAGCCUGGUCACUGCUACAGGUCUCCAUACUAUCUCAGACACACACAAAAGCAAUCUCACUCACACACAUACAUACACACACACACUCCGACACACACAUGACCUCUCUCACUAGUUCCUCCUCUGUCUCGUAAUCUCAAACAGACUCUACUCGUCUGCCGUGUUCCAGAACCUGUUGUCGCAGUUCUCGCAGCCAGAGAUCUGUAGCCGACCAGUGGAUGACCUGGUCCUCCAGAUGAAGGCUCUGGGCAUCGAGAGAGUAGCACAUUUCCCUUUCCCCACUCCACCCUCCCCCGAGGCCCUACAGGCGGCAGAGAUGGUUCUGGAGGGACUGGGUGCCCUGUCCUCCGAUGGGAGGCUCACUGAUCUUGGUCGCACCAUGUCCAGGUUCCCAGUGUCUCCUCGCUAUGGCAAGAUGUUGGCAGUGGGUCACCAGUACAACUGCCUUCCUUAUGUCAUUUCCCUGGUGGCUGCACUCUCUGUGAAGGUCAGUGUUGUGGAGAUAUUUGUAUAAAAUUAGUCACAAAUUGUGCUUCUCGUGAAAUCAUAUGCGCACACUUUUUGCACUGGGGUUUUGACUUUUUAACCAAACAUUGGGAUGUGCUCUGGGUGUAUGGUGUCUACCAUUGGUCCAGGAACUGGUGGUGCAGACUGACCACAGCUCGAGAAAGGGAGAGGAAGAAGGGAGGGGAGAAGGUGGAGUGAAGUCGUCAGGCCUGGCAGCUCUAAGAAGACUCUGUGCUGGGAAGGAAGAGUUCCGUCUCCUGGGGGACCUUGGACUGCUGCUGACAGUUGUGGGAGCAUGGAGCCACUCCAGAGGGAGAACAGAGUUCUCUGCCAAGACUGGACUCCAGCCACGAGCCAUGAGGGAGGUGUCCAGGCUCAGACAACAACUCACAAACUCCGUCAACAUGAUCUGCCCUGAUCUGAACCUAGUCAUUGACCCCAGCUUGGCUCCGCCCACUGAGGCCCAGGCUCGUCAUCUUUGUCAGAUAGUCCUGGCUUGUCUUGGAGACCGUGUCGCACGGAAGAUAUCGACUGACAACAUGUCGGCAGAGGAUAAGAGGAAACAGAGGUUCUCCUACCAGUGUGUGUCAUGUGAAGGUCCAGUGUAUCUCGCCCCCAACUCCUCUCUCACCUCCUGCCCUCCGGACUACCUCGUCUACCAAGACCUCCUCGACUCUGGCCACAGGAUCUACUUGAGAGGAGUGAUGGCUGUUCAGGAGGCAUGGCUACCACAAUUGGUUCCUCAAUUCUGCAAAUUCUCAGAGCCUCUAGAACUACCUCCUCCAACCUUUGACCCCAAUACCAGCACCAUUAGAUGUCACAUGUCUUGCACCAGUGGCCACUUGGGUCACAUGAGAUGGCCCAUCCUCAUGGUCUCCAGCUCUACAGACUGUUUGCUCUGUUCCUACUACAGGGAAAGGUGACUUUGAACUACAUCUUUUGUGCUCUUCGUUUGAAGCUACACUGGCUUUGUGACAUUUUGAAAUUUGGGUGUAAGAGCAGUCUGUUGACUAGGUGUGUACUGUGUUGGUGGAAUUCUCAUCAUCUCUCCUCCUCCCUCCUGUGACCAUGAUAAAGAGCUGGGCCAAGUGAGUCCUCACAGGGAUUAAGGAAACAAACCUAACCCUCCCUCUUUCCCCAGACUCCACCACCAGACUACAGUUCUGCUGAAGGCUCUAGUAGAGAGAGAGGUGUCCUCACGGCAAGCUCUCCUUCAGCAGUGGGAAAAACAACCAAAGUAUCUCUUGAAGGCCUUCUCAUUGUGGCUACCUCAGAGCAAACACACUCGUUUAGCUUCCCUGUGGCCUCCAAAAUGAUUGUGUGCUUGUGUUGUCAAAAUGAUUGUGUGGUGUUGUCAAAAUGUCAUAACGUUGUGCAGACAUGUAAACUAUUUCGAAUCAGUCUUCUUUUCCUUGUCAGUUCCCAACACAUGCUCAGAGAGAGCUGGAGAAUUUAGCCCUUCUCGUUCCAAUGCUGCCUUGAGACAGGCUUGGUAGUCAGUGAACAAGCGGCCACAGGCGUCCUCGUGGUUCCCCCGACCCUUUAGAGGUGUGCACCGUUCAUCUAGGCUCUCCAUUAUUCACGUGUACAGGUUCAA